AUGGCUCAUUUUAAGAGCAGGAAAACAACGUUCUUUCUCUAUGGCUGCUUCUGUCCAGAACUGCAAGAUCAUAACCUGGUGCCCGUCAAGACUAGGAGCAGAGAAGACAGAUGGGCCAUCAAGCUGCUUAACGUCCUCCUGACCAUAACUAAUCUACGAGAAGGUCAGCGUGUGCGGGAAUGUCCCGUCUUUGGCGUAUUAGAAGGUGUUUUCGUGUUUGGGGUUAUUGAUCAGCUGAAUUAUACGGCUAAAGGAGAAUUGCAACUGAAUGAAUUGAAGACAAGGGAAAAGGCCUACAUGCCUGUACCUGCGCAGAAGAAGAAGGACCGUUUCCAGGUGGGUCAGG